AUGAUAGUUUUCAUCGUGUCGAAUUUGUCAAAACUUGAAUUUGUCGCACUUGACAUUUCUGGAAAGAAUUAUUUGUCAUGGGUACUGGAUGCUGAAAUUCACCUUACCGCUAAGGUUCUUGGUGAUAGUAUAAUUGAAGGAAAUAUGACAUCAAGUCAGGAUAAAGCGAAAGCUAUGAUUUUCCUUCGUCAUCAUCUUGAUGAAAGUCUGAAGGUUGAAUACCUUACGGUGAAAGACCCACUUGAAUUGUGGAUAGGUUUGAAAGGGAGGUAUGACCACCUCAAGGCAACGAAUAACUUCCCAAUUGAAAUUAUGUGGGGAAAAAUAAAAGAUGAGGACAUGUUGAAAAAGACACUAACUACUUUCCAUGCCUAUAAUAUGAUAUUACAGCAGCAAUAUCGUGAAAAAAAAUUUCAGAAAUACUCUGAACUGAUCUCGUGCCUUCUGGUGGCUGAGCAGCAUAAUGACUUUCUAAUGAAAAAUCACGAAGCCCGUCCCGCUGGAAGUGCUCCGUUAUCGGAGGCACACGCGGUUGAAGCACAUGGCCAGUCUGAAAUAAGACAAAAUAAUCGGGGCCAUGACAAUGUGCGCUGCAUGACAAAGGCAAAAGACGAUACAAUAAUCGUCGAGGUGGUGGUCAUUGUCAUCGUUGUGGCCUUAAAGGUCACUGAAAAAAUGAAUGUCGGGUACCAGAGCAUUUCGUAA